ACAACAACAUCGACUCUCGAACGCGAUUGACCCGCAGAGACGCGGCCAAAAUCAGCUAUAUGACUUCCCUCGAGGUCAUCUUUGGCGAGCUAGGUAUUUCUCAGUACCUCGAGGCCUUUUUCGACCAAGGCUUCGAUUCAUGGGAAACGAUUCUGGAUAUCACCGAAUCUGACCUGGAUGCACUUGGCGUUAAGCUCGGCCAUCGAAGAAAACUACAGCGCCGGAUUGCGAACUACAGAGGUGUUGCGCCCGAGACGUCCUUAGUAUCUCCUACUCGUACCAGCAUUGAAGAUGCUAAGCUCGACUCGAACCGGAUCGAGCCCUUGAAAUCCGACAAGCCAGAUGGGGCCGGCGUUGCGAAACGAAAAUACCGACGGCAUCCGAAGCCAGAUGAAAAUGCUCCGGAGCGGCCACCCUCGGCGUACGUGCUAUUUUCAAACAAAAUGCGAGAAGACUUAAAGGGCCAAAAUUUGACAUUCACGGAGAUUGCUAAGUUGGUUGGCGAGAAUUGGCAAAAUUUGACACGGGAUGAAAAAGAGCCAUUCGAAAGGCAAGCACAUGAGGCAAAGGAGAAGUACAAUCGUGAGCUAGCAGACUAUAAAAAGACGGCUGAGUAUAGGAAGUACUGCGAUUACUUACAUGAAUUUCGUAAAAGACAAGCAGCUCAAUUACAAGAAAAAGAUGUCUCUAAACGUCUGAAGACAGAAGCUGACAGUAUCCGCGGUAGUAGUACCAGUGGGGGUUCAACAGGCGCCAGUGGUACAACGAGCGGUACGGUGAGCGGUUCUGACAGUCAACCCGGCAGCGAGCCUCCUCCUUCGCGUCAGCAAAGGAUGGGCUCUUCGGCAUCGACCGUUGAAAGUAGUUUCUCGCCGGGGUUGAAUGCGAUGCAUCACGGAGAUGACCAGUUGCAUUCGCCGAGGACUAUAUUAUACGACGAGCCAAAUAGCGGGCGACCUCGGGGAUUAUCGAGUCCGACUUCACGUGACCUCACGAUGCAUUCAAGUCGUCGGCCGGGUUGGGCUGAUAGCCAACGGAUGUAUGGAGAGUCUCCCAGCACAGUCACUUCCUGGUUUGACCCGAGAGGUGUUACAGGAACUUUGGUACAUUCACCAGAAAAUGGAUUACCUAACUCCGCUCCAAUUCAUGGUCCAAACGGCGGGUCUGGUCGGGGAUCGAGAUCUUCUGGAUCAGCGUCUAUGUCACGGCCGCCUUCAUUAAAGACCGAGCAAUCUUCGACCGGAAGUGUAAGCUCACUUAAUUCCUACGCCAUCCCGAGAACGCCGAGCGAUGCAUCGUUGCCAAUACAUGCUCUUUUGACAAAGCCCGAGACGUCGUAUCCUCCUUGUCCGGCACCUGCCCAGCAAGCGCCGCUACCGAUAUUUCAACCACAGUCUGGCCGCCCACCCGGUGACCAGUCAAGUGGUAACGGAUUCCCUCCGGGACCAACUACUCCGAAGUAUUCGAUUCCUAGCCUUCAAAAAGAGGGCACUUUCAGCGGACCCGCUGAAUCAAAGGCUUCUCCUACUUCGAAGUUUAAUAGCUCCAAUGAGAAUACUCUUGACGGCAUUAGUGCCCUUCUUAAAGCGCGAGAAAUUGUCGAUCGACAGUAAAGCGGGUACAAGAUUAUUGCUAUCCCCUCCCUUACUAUAUUUCUCGUGGAUUUCUGCACUAAUCACAUUUGCAUGUUAAGAGUACGCGGAGCAUGGCAUUUACGAAAUUUAUAUUCAUGACUGGUAUUAACUGGGAGGGAAAUGAGCGUUUGGAAAUUGCAACACGACAUGACACUUAAAUGCGAUCAUUUUGGCAGUUAUCAUCCGGACACAACAGGCUUUGCGUCUCUUAUGUUGGAGGAGAGCCCGGUAAAUCUUGCUGCAAAGACUUUGAAUCUAUUCCAUCUAAAAUACCCAUUUUCUACAUCUGUGAUGUUUACAGCGACUGUUUUUUUUGUCUUUACGAAAAGGGGGCUUUUCCACGUUUGACAUUGAUGUUGUUUGCACAAUCAGAUGUGAUUUCCGUUACCAUUGACUAUCACUACAGGUCUUUUUUUAUACCUAUAUAGGAGUUUUGUUUUUAGGCACUACUCGAAGCGGCACUCUUGUGAGAGAAAGAGCCGAAAAUCUUUGGCGUUGAGAGGUUGAAAGGUCUUUGGGGCGGGCUUCAUGUAUUUACGGAUAUAAGGGAGCGGACACUUCCACUUUUUUUUGGUGAAAAUUUCAUG